GAUGAAAAAUCUAAUGGGGGAUUAGAGUCCUUUGCCAAUGAUACAACCUUACACGGAGCAAGAUUUUGUACGACAAAAAUAUCUUCAGGAGAGUUUUAUGGACCUUGGUCCUCAUCGGCAGUUUUAGUUACUGUAUUUUUCAAGUUUAUGAGACUUUGGUGGCAUUUAGUCAGCGACCAUUCAUUACAAAAGUUUCAACAAGUACAACUGAAACCAACGAGUCUUUUUUCCCCGCUGUGUCGCUUUGUAAUCUGAAUGCCUUUAACACACGAAGAUAUAGAAACGCAUUAAAAUCCCGCAACUUCAGUGAACCUUCGAUCGAGAAAAAAAUUCAAGACAUAGUUGUUAUUGUGAACAAAGACAAAAAGGCAUUUAACGAUGAGUUUGUCAAGCGAAAUCCAGAAUUUUUUCUACGUCAAAAAACUGCAAACAGCAGAAUUGUGGCUCGAAGUAAUCUUAGUCAUCAAAUCGAAGAAAUGCUCCUUCCAGUAAGCCCACAGUUUCAUUCUUGCUCUGUAAAUGGGAAAAAGUGCACAGCAAAUAACUUUACGAGUCACAUGAGUUCAGAAUACGGAUUUUGUUACACGUUUAACUCUCUGAAAAGCGGUCGACCGUUGCUUUAUGCAACGUUAUCUGGUAAAAAUAGUGGACUAAGGCUUCUACUUAACAUAGAAAGGGACAGCUACUUGGCUACUAACAUUCGCCCAACAGUUGGUCUUGCAAUUAUUAUCCAUGACCAAAAAAGUUUUCCUUUCAUGGAGGACUUUGGUACCACCGUACAGCCUGGCAUUUCAACUCUUUGUGCCUUUAGGAAAAGAAAGGUUAGAGACUAGCCAGCUAUCAUCCGUAUUUGUUGCAAAAAUAGCGCUAUAUUAAACAAUUAUUCCGCGAGCCCGAAUGGGCUCUCAGUCAAUAGCCCAUGAGGCCGAGUUUUAGUAAAAUCCGACUAGUUGGUCAAAAAUGUCGAGACAAAACAACUUUAGCUAGCAAAACGCGAUUCAGCCGCCAUUGUUUUGGUUUUCAAAGCCGGCGCUUUUCGCUACUAGAGGGCUAUAACGUAUAAACUAGUAGUGACUCAGCGAAUCAGAACGCAGCAUUGAUAAUAGACCACUAGUUGGAUUUUACUAAUACCUACGCCGUAAUUUUUAGGGAGUUAUUAUAACUCCAAAAAUGGAGUAAAAAUUUUAGGUACAGGAUAACCCCUUUUUUGGGGUUAUUUUAACUCCUAAUUUAACUCCGAAUUUGGGGUCAUUUUUACUCCUGAAAAAGAGUUCUUUUUACUCCCAGUCUUGGAGUUAAAAUUACUCCGAAAUGGGGUUACUUGUACUCCUUACAGGGGUUCUUUUUACUCUUUUUGGAGUUAAUUUAACUCUGAAAGUGGAGUAAAAAUUUUAGGUACAGGAUAACUCCUUUUUUGGGGUUAUUUUAACUCCUCAAUAUCUGGGGUCACUUUUACUCCUGAAAAAGAGUUCUUUAAACUCCUUUUUGGAGUUAAAAUAACUCCACGAAAAAUAACUCCACUGUAAGGAGUUAAAUUAGCCCCACUAGAGGAGUUAUUAUAACUCCCUGAAAAUUACAGUGUAAUAACCUGUUUAAUUAUCCUAGAUAGACAAGACGGUUUAACUGGAGAAAAUAUUUUGGAGUUCUCCCUCCCGCCCACCCUAUAGAAUGCUGUAACUCGGAAAAAGUUUGGAAACAAACGUUUAACGCCGUACGUUCUUUGUGGGGUGGGGGAGAGGGGUAGGGCAUGUGUGAAAAAGAGAAAAAAUAGCUCAUCGGCUGUCAUAAAAAUGACUUUAUAAACGUUCUUUCUGGUCAUUAAAUAUGGGUCUCCUUAAAUGAAUCUAGAAGAUCGAUUGUGAAUACAGAAACCAAAAAGGGGUCAAAAACAUGAGUUUCCGCAGCUUUUUACUAAUUGAAAAAAAAACUUAUUUUCUUACAGAUAGUUAACUUGAAAGCUCCGUAUGAAACAAAUUGUACAAACAGAUCACUGGACAUGUUCAACAGCGAUGUUUAUGCCUACACAAAGAGAGCCUGCAUGAUAAAAUGCCGCAAUGAUUACACUGUCAAAAGAUGCGGCUGUACACCGCCUGAAUUUAAAGGUAUAGUAAUGGCUCUUCAUUUUUUACAUUAAGCUGCCUUUGUGGACGUUUAAUAUCCGUAAGCGAGCGAGUUCACUGAAUCAUGAGAUUUGCCGUUACUGAAAACAACAAUACCUCUUCCGAUAGACCAAGAUGGUUUCCUUAGAUAAAAUUGAGAUUAAUUUUUUAACAGUUGGCCUGGAUAACAAAUAUUUUUUUCUGAGUUCUUGUCUUAAUUGCCACUUUUUGACUUAAGAAUUUCGCUCGCUCUUAUACGGGUCCGGGAAGCCGGACACCUUCAUAGAGGACUUUUGAUAAGGCAAAAUUAAGAAGAUAUUAUAGCAACAAGUUGCUAAAAUAGAAUUAAAAAUAUGUAAAGGAAGAAUUUAUUAAAGGAUAUUAAAAUAACGUUAUCGGAAUAAAUUUGUUUAUUUUCUUUUUGAAGCGGAUGCUCCGAUUUGUGCGCUGAAUGACUCUGUGCUCUGCGUUUACAAUUCCUAUGGUGAGUCUGUAUUAGGGGGGAUCACGUUAUAGUCGUUUUCGUGUUAAUUAUCACUCUUAUCGUGAGUGAUAAACACGUUUAUCAGGAUUAAAUACAUGUAACGGACGUUCAGCGCCAAGCCCAUGUAUAUGUGCAAGCUGCUGCCAGGUGUGAGUCAUAAUGCGAUUCUAGCCAGCUGACGCGUUGAACACGAUUGUAAGAUUUCUUGUCCCAUCCCUCCCUCCUUGAGGGUAUCGCGCGGUGGUCUAGGCUAUAAAAGGAACCCCAAAGAGAGUUGUUGUGUAUUUAAUACUAUAUAAUGAUAGAUUGACCAAACUACUGGUGCAAGGUAACCUCUUAAGAAAUGAGCUAAUCUGAGUUAAAUUUAUUCAAUGAUAUAUUAUAUAUUUCAUUGUAGAAGAGUUUGGAGCCUCUAGUGAAAAAGAAUCUUGUGACAAGAACUGUCCUGAACCUUGUGAACAUGUGGAAUACGAGACUUCCUUCUCUUACAGCGCAUUGCAGCCCGAAAGCUUCGUCGAUCAUCUCAUGGAUUUCCUUAAGAGCAAUGACACGUCAGUGGAUCGAGCGAUUUACGAGCCCCUGUUGAACAUGACACCAUCUGAGCGAGAGAGAUACAUUGAGUGAGUGCUUUACUUAGACUGGUAUCUCCAACUGAAUGAGGAAAUACGUGAACUAAUGUAUAUUAGUAAGCUUCUCUUGUGGAAAAGAGAGGGCGAACAAACAAACCAAAAAGCUGGUUGUUUUGCAGUCUAGUGGAAGAAGUGUAACCCGGCAAACAAAUGCAAACUGGCAGAUUAUAGAAGCAAGAAACGAACGGAUCUGGUUUGAAAUUACUCUGUUCGCUCUUUGCUAUCCAUUCGUAGUUUGCUUAGUUUGCCAUCACAGAUACUCCAGGCAGAGGGAGGAUACAAUUGUCUAGUAUCUGUGGAACUGAGACUCCAAUCGGAGGCAAAUGGAGUACAAACCUCGGGUACACUUAAAAACACUCAUUACUUUGAAAACAACCAAUCCUUAACGUGAUUUGUUUUUGUUUCGUGUUUCCUAACUUAAAAAUUAAUUUUCUUCAUCUGUGAAUUUUUUUUAAUCCAGAAAGAACAUAAUUUCCUUGGACUUCUAUUUUGAAGAUCUGAGCUACGAAAUCAUUGAACAGACGCCUGUUUACGAGACCUGGACGAUGAUCGGUAAGACUCGCUCAUGAGUUGAAAACUUAGCACAUUGUUAUAACUGAACUUACAGUUAUCAAUCUUAAGCAUUCUCGCCAUUUUCCUGAAACGUCCGAGGGGAGCCUUGAGGCCGAAUGGCAAACAGUUUACCACGCAGAAUUAUCAGUGGAGACCCCUGAAGGAGUCGCGAAAUGAUCGAGUAGCGUAUGACCUUCCACCUCUGCAAAGGUUCCGCUACAUUCCAUUUAAAAAUGCGCGAUUUACGAUCCCCUGCAAACUUUAUUAUAUUCCUCUCCCCAACCUCCCGAAGACACAAAGAGAAUUUCUGGAGGAUCAGACUGAGGAAAAGGUUUAUGGCAGGCACUACCAUGUAUCCCCAUGUAUACUAUACUUCCUGUAAUUUUUUUUUAAAUUAGCCUCCGAGGCCUAUCACUUUCCUUUGUUUUGUCAGGGUCGAAUCUUGCAUUAUUUAUUAUUUAUUGUAUAGGAAGCCUGGGUGGGACAUUUGGUCUGUUCCUCGGAAUGAGUUUGCUCACCAUUUUAGAGUUCCUUGACUUCAUCUUCGCAAGGAUUUGUCACUUACUUCAAGGUCUCCACUCUGGCAACAGACAUACUGGAACCAUUCAUGCAGAGUUUUGA